UUUGGAACCACAGGCGAAUCGCCGGAAAGGGCUUUGGCGAUAAAACAGCAAAUUCUGGGAGAAGAUACCCCAUUAUAUGGUUACAUAAAUACGCAACGAGCUACUUUAUCCAGUAUUUCACGAUGGAAACUGAACUAUGAGGUUUUGUGUAGUGCAGAAGACUGAGUGAACCAUGGCACAGUUCCCCACCACAUUCACAGGUCCAGAUGUGUUUCUGAUCUCAGUGGAUGAGAGAGCCAAACAUGAUCAGCAGUUUCACAGCCUCUCUCCAACUGCCGGGGGUUACAUCACAGGCGAUCAAGCCAGGAACUUCUUCCUUCAAUCGGGACUGCCCCCUCCCAUCCUGGCCCAAAUCUGGGCUCUGGCUGAUAUGAACAGUGAUGGCCGUAUGGACAUCCACGAGUUCUCCAUUGCCAUGAAACUCAUCAAACUGAAACUCCAGGGUCACCCUCUGCCCCCCUCGCUUCCUCCCAGCAUGAAACAACCUCCACUGCCUUUACCCCCACAGACCGGCUUUGGUAUGCCGCCCAUGCCUCCCAUCUCAGCUCCUCUUUCAAGCGUGCCUCCUCUCCCCCUACCUCCUCUCCCCGUCGGAGUGUCUCCUCCACUCGUCUCAUCUGCCCCGCCGCCCCUCCCCCAGCCCAUUGCCAACGGAGCUCCUCCUGCAGGCAUGAUGCAGCCCAUCUCAGGCUUCUCCCACUCAGCUCCCUCUGUGAACAAGUCCUCUUCAUUUAAUCGUUCCAGUACGAAGUUGCAGAAGGGGCCGUCCUUGGACGCUGCCAGUGUUCAGCCCCCGCCUGAUUGGGCGGUUCCUCAGUCCUCCAGGCUGAAGUACAGACAGCUUUUUAACUCCCAUGACAAGAUGAUGAGUGGACACCUUACAGGUCCCCAGGCUCGCACUAUCCUGAUGCAGUCCAGUCUUCCUCAGGGCCAGUUGGCCACAAUAUGGAGUCUAUCAGAUAUCGAUCAGGAUGGAAAGCUAACAGCUGAGGAGUUUAUUUUAGCCAUGCACCUCAUAGAUAUGGCUAUGUCAGGCUUACCACUACCACCUGUGUUACCACCAGAUUACCUCCCACCCACUUUCAGGCGUGUGCGAAGUGACAGUGUUCAGUCAGACCAGAAGAGCGUCCAGGAGGAGAUCGAGGAGGAGACUGAGAGCAGCAUGGAGAAGAAACUACCAGUGACGUUUGAGGACAAGAAGAGGGAAAACUUCGAGCGAGGAAACCUGGAGUUGGAGAAAAGACGUCAGGCCCUUCAAGAGCAGCAGAGGAAAGAGCAGGAAAGGUUGGCAGCGCUGGAAAGAGAGGAACAGGAGAGAAAGGAGCGUGAGCGUCUGGAGCAGGAGAGGAGACGACAACAGGAACUAGAAAAACAACUGGAGAAACAGAGAGAGCUGGAGAGGCAGAGAGAAGAGGAGAGACGCAAAGAGAUAGAGAGGAGAGAGGCUGCUAAGCGUGAAUUAGAGCGUCAGCGUCAGUUGGAGUGGGAGCGUCAACGUCGCCAGGAGCUUCUGACUCAAAGAAACCGAGAGCAGGAGAGUAUAGUGCUGCUCAAAGCCAGGAAGAAGACCCUGGAGUUUGAACUGGAGGCCCUGAAUGAUAAGAAGACCCAGUUGGAGGGCAAACUGAAGGAUGUUCGGUUUCGUCUGUCAGCUCAGCGGAGAGAGGUGGAGCAGACCAAUCAGACCAGAGAAACACGCAUUGCUGAAAUCACGCUGCUGCAACAGCAGCUGCAGGACUCCCAGCAGUGGCUGGGGAGGCUAAUUCCUGAUAAACAGAGUCUCAACGACCAGCUGAAACAAGUUCAGCAGAACAGUCUGCAUCGUGACAGUCUGUCGUCCCUGCAGAAGGCUGUGGAGCAGAAGGAGACCAGCAGGCAGCAGCUCAGAGAACAGCUCGAUGCCGUGGAGAGAGAAACAAGGGCCAAACUGCUGGAAAUAGACGCUUUCAACACCCAGCUAAAGGAGCUGAGGGAGAUCCACAUUCGGCAGCAGAGACAGAAACAGAAGGAGCUGGAAGGAGACACACACACACUAACACACACACACUCUCACAUGCACACCCCGAUCGAGAGAAAGUCUGCUGAGCUGCAGGAGAGCAGGUUGUCAUCAGAAGAGGGCGUGGCAUGGAGGGAUGAACCAGGAAGUUCUGCCCCCACAGCUCCAAGCCCCGCCUCCAUGUCUGCACCCCAUGCCUGGCUGAACAGAGUGACUCAGGAAGAAGAAGAGAGGAAGAGGAGAGGGAUGGAGGAGGACGAAGAAGGCCGGAAGGGAGCGGGAUCAGUAGAAGAGAAGGAGGAUGAGGGAAGAGGCAAGAAGGACAUGCAGGAGAAACUGAACAAGCUGUUCAGCCAGCCAACCGACCCCUGGGCUUCAACAGUGGAGAAGGCUCAGGGACCCAGUCUCUUUGAGCAGAAGGCAGCAGUCAGUGGCUUCGACCAGCAGCAGCCGCCGGUGAAGGUGGUCUACUACAGGGCUGUAUAUCCGUUUGACGCUCGCAGCCAUGAUGAGAUCAGUAUUGCUCCCGGAGAUGUAAUCAUGGUGGAUGAAUCCCAAACAGGUGAACCUGGUUGGCUGGGAGGCGAGCUCAGGGGGCGUACUGGUUGGUUCCCAGCCAAUUACGCCGAGCGGAUACCCGAUAGUGAAGCACCGAUCAGCCUCCGCGCCGCAGCCUCAGCCACACCCACCUCGGCCCAGCAGCCAAUAACCACGCCUCCCCCAGCACCUGGACACACCUCCUCCUCCACGUCCUCCGCUAACAGUAACUGGGCUGAUUUUAGCACCACUUGGCCCUCCAACACAGCCAGUCAAUCAGACAGCGAGGGAUGGGACGCAUGGCCGACCUCUUCAGCCAGUCAGAAUCCUUCGCUCAGCGUUCCCUCAGCGCAGCUACGACAACGCUCCGCCUUCACACCUGCUACAAUGACCACGGGCUCCUCUCCUUCUCCUGUGCUGGGACAGGGGGAGAAGGUCGAGGGUCUUCAGGCUCAGGCCUUAUAUCCCUGGAGAGCAAAGAAGGACAACCACCUCAACUUCAACAAAAAUGAGAUAAUUACAGUGUUGGAGCAGCAGGACAUGUGGUGGUUAGGUGAACUGCAGACCGGACAGAGAGGCUGGUUCCCCAAAAGUUACGUCAAGCUCAUCUCCGCCACCAUGACGGCCCCUGCUGCCGCCACAGCACGCAGCAAAAACACUAGUGAGUCUGGAGUGUCAGACAGCCCACCCAAUGGAAAACGCCCCUCCCCUUCCCCAACAAAGCCCUCUGAGUCUGGAGAAGAGUACGUGGCCAUGUACACUUAUGAGAGCAGUGAACAGGGCGACCUGAGUUUCCAGCAAGGAGAUAUCGUCAUGGUGACCAGGAAAGAAGGGGAUUGGUGGACAGGCAUGGUCGGGGGCAAGACUGGAGUCUUCCCCUCCAAUUACGUGAAACCACGGGACUCGGCCUCAGAGUCUUUGGGACCAGCAGGGAAGACCGGCAGCCUGGGAAAGAAACCAGAGAUCGCUCAAGUGAUCGCCCCCUACAGUGCUACAGGAGCAGAGCAGCUAACGUUAGCUCCGGGACAGCUCAUCCUCAUCAGAAAAAAGAACCCCGGGGGCUGGUGGGAGGGUGAACUCCAGGCCCGGGGGAAGAAGCGCCAGAUAGGUUGGUUUCCGGCCAACUACGUGAAGCUGCUCAGUCCCAGCACCAGCAAGACAACGCCCACAGAGCCCACCCCUCCUAAACUGGCUCCUGCCAGCGCAGCUGUAUGUCAGGUGAUCGGCAUGUACGACUACGUGGCCCAGAAUGACGACGAGCUGGCCUUCCUGAAGGGUCAGGUGAUCACAGUGCUCAACAAGGACGACUGUGAUUGGUGGAAAGGAGAGCUCAACGGGAGGGAGGGUCUGUUUCCAAGCAACUACGUCAAACUCACCACGGACACUGACCCGAGCACGCAGUGGUGCGCUGACCUCCAUCUGCUGGACAUGCUGAGUCCGAUGGAGAGGAAGAGGCAGGGCUACAUCCACGAGCUGAUCGUCACCGAGGAGAACUACGUCAACGACCUGCAGCUCGUCACAGAGAUCUUCCACAAACCUCUGUUGGAGUGCGAGCUGCUGACGGAGAAGGAGGUGGCCAUGAUCUUCGUCAACUGGAAGGAGCUCAUCAUGUGCAACAUCAAACUGCUGAAGGCUCUGAGAGUGAGGAAGAAGAUGUCAGGUGAUCGGAUGCCGGUGAAGAUGAUCGGUGACAUCCUGACCAAUCAGCUUCCUCACAUGCAGCCAUACAUCAGAUUCUGCUCGUGUCAGCUGAACGGAGCCACGCUGAUUCAGCAGAAAACUGACGACAACCCUGAGAUCAAAGACUUCCUGAAGAGGUUAGCCAUGGAUCCCAGGUGUAAGGGGAUGCCUCUGUCCAGCUUCCUGCUCAAACCCAUGCAGAGAGUCACGCGCUACCCGCUCAUCAUCAAGAACAUCUUAGAAAAUACUCCAGAGUCGCAUCCAGACCACAGCCACCUGAAAGCUGCUCUGGAGAAAGCAGAGGAGCUGUGCUCACAGGUGAAUGAGGGCGUCAGGGAGAAGGAGAACUCGGAUCGUCUGGAGUGGAUUCAGGCUCACGUCCAGUGUGAAGGCCUGUCUGAACAACUGGUGUUUAACUCCGUCACCAACUGUCUGGGUCCCAGGAAGUUCCUCCACAGCGGGAAGUUGUUUAAAGCCAAGAGCAGCAAGGAGCUGUACGGCUUCCUGUUCAACGACUUCCUGCUGCUGACGCAGGUCACCAAACCUCUGGGCUCGUCGGGCUCCGACAAAGUCUUCUCCUCCAAAACGCACCUGCAGUACCGCAUGUACAAGACGCCGAUCUUCCUGAACGAAGUGUUGGUGAAGCUGCCGACGGACCCGUCAGGAGAUGAACCUCUGUUCCACAUCUCUCACAUAGACCGAGUUUACACGCUGAGGGCCGAGAGUAUCAACGAAAGGACGGCGUGGGUUCAGAAGAUCAAAGCAGCCUCAGAACUCUUCAUUGAGACGGAGAAGAAGAAGCGAGAGAAGGCGUACCUGGUGCGUUCUCAGAGGGCUACAGGUAUCGGCAGACUGAUGGUCAACAUUGUGGAGGGAAUCGAGCUCAAACCCUGUCGCUCUCAUGGAAAAAGUAACCCAUACUGUGAGGUAACCAUGGGUUCACAGUGCCAUAUCACAAAAACAUUACAGGACACACUGAACCCAAAGUGGAACUCCAACUGUCAGUUUUUUAUAAAGGACCUGGAGCAGGACGUCCUCUGUGUCACUGUGUUUGAACGAGACCAGUUCUCACCUGACGACUUCCUGGGCAGGACAGAGAUCCGGUUGGCUGAAAUAAAGAAGGACCAGGGCUCUAAAGGACCAAUCACGAAGCGGCUGCUGCUCCACGAGGUUCCCACAGGAGAGAUCGUAGUCAGGCUGGACCUCCAGCUGUUUGAAGAACCCUGAAACCUGGACAGGACCUGACUGGACUGGACUGGACUGGACUGGAAGAGAUGUGGUUUGCACCUGACAGUUGGGCUGGAUUAGACUGGACUGGAAGACUCAGCUGGUCUGGAUUCUCUUGGUUUGGUCUGGUUCAGUUUCUCAGUGCUUCCAGGCUGUUUAUGUUUAGCAGGGCCGUACAUUCAGCAUAAACCAGGUCCUGCAUUGUUACACUGUCUUGUAGGCCUGUUUUGUAUUAGGAGUAUGAUAUACAUACUCGUCAAUGCAACAAUGCUGCAGUGUGAAGACAGACAGCAGGGGGCGAUGUGACGACGUGGUCAGUAGUAGGAAGUCGUGCACCACAUUCGCUUCAGUGGAAACACUAAAUAAAAAGCUUAUCAUCUCAGUUUUCAGACCACAUAUCAGUUUCCCUCAACCUAAAACUGGAUGUCUGCAGGAUCUCCAGACUCUCUUGAACUCUCUAAAUGUCUGAAAUACAUCUUUACAUCUUAAAUGUUAAUUUACUGGUCUUAUAAAAGCAGAUCUGUGCUGUGAUGAGACCUUUUAACAGGCAGCUCUUUUAGCAGACUUCUUAUAGCUAACAGGUUAGCUAACACAGCCUGAAGGAUGAAACACCAACGAAUGAACAUCCUGUUUCUGUACCAGUCCAGUCUACUUCUGUCCUCCUUCAGUCUGGCCCUGGUUUGGUCUUUAGUCCAGUCUGGUUCAGUCCAGUCCUCCUGCAGGUCAGCCGGGUCCCUGCUGUUUUCUCUUCCUCUGCUUCAUCAGACAGUCUCACAGACACUCCAGCGACAAUCCCAGCCCCCCUUCUUUGUCCCAACAAACCCAAACCCGUGUGUGUGUGUGUGUGUGUGUGCGCGCGCGCGCGUGUACGUGUGUGUGUGUGUGGACAGGCUAAUUAAAGGUACGGCUAGGUGUACAUUUUCUUUUUCUUUUCUACGUCGAGUCUUACAGCUCUCACAGAAUCUUAAGAUCAACUCUUCAGGCUUUCAGUGUUGAGGUACUGCAUGUGACGGGACUUUGCCAUUUUGACUUUUUGCUCUGUUUUUGACCUUCACUGAACACUUGCCACAUUAUCUCAGAAAGUGCUAAAUAUGUACAGGUUUCAUGAGAAAUGCUAAUGAUGCUAAUAAGCUGAAAAUAGAGAAAGAUUUUACCCCAAUAUAUGACAAGUGUCCAGUGUAAAUAAAUUACAGACACGCCAAGACGUUCCUUUCACAUGUGUCCAUUAUAAUAAUACUGAUAAUAAUAUGGCUGAAACAUGAGCAGCCAGGAAACGGGUGAGACAGCUAAUUUAAAUUGGGGUACUGCAAAGAAGAAUGUCUUAAUUUUUCUUAUUUUUUUAUGUUGGAUGCACACGGGGGUCAUAGUUGCAGCUGAUUUCUGUCACACAUCUAACCUCUGUUGUUAUGUUGCUGCUGUGUGAAGCUGUCACAGUGGCCGUCACUAUGCAGGGGAGGAAAACCCUGAGAGGAUCCGGGGGCCCGGAGCUGGACAGGGGCCCUCGAACAUGCUCGGUACUACAGGCGUGUAUUUUAUAGGAUCAUUUCCACACUCUAACCCUGAGGAAGCUCAGUGCAGUAAAUAAUGUACAAGUGCGUCGACACUCCCAGCACUUUUAAAACAAUCACACAGCCGCUGAUUUCAGAGCAGAGCGGGACCCGACUGAUGUGACAGCGGCCAUUUUGAAUAAUUAAAGCAGGAAACUCGAUAGUAACAAACACUGAAAGUUUAAGACCGGUGUUAUUCUUUAUUUUUUUUACGAUCAACAAAUCCCAUGAAAGAACUAACUUGUUCCGUCUCUCAGUACUUUCCUAAAUCUUAUUCAAAUGGGAGGAAAUAGUGCAUUUCUUGGGGACUAUUUUCAGUGGUGGAUUAAUCCUCAUUGUUGGUUUUGGUGUUUUUGUGGGAUUUAUUGUCAAGAAGAAAAUGUAGAUUAUCGUCAGUCCUAUCCAUUAAAGCUAGUUAUUUGCUUCAUCACAGAAAACUUCAGAUGGACAUAACAGUCGUCAUAUUAGCCUAUCUAGUAAUUUUAAAAACAUCAGCUAUAUGCUAACAACUUACAGUUAGCAAGAAAAUUUGCUAGCUAGUUAGCUAUAGCCUGCUAUAGGCUCGACUACGGCAGCUUACAAUAGGUCCAAAUAUACAUUUUUAAAAUGUAAGCUAAUUCCUCUUUCAGUUCUACGUUUUAUUUGUUUAGAAAGGUGAGUAUUUUAAAAAAAAUGUCUGUAUAGCUUACAUAGCGGCCGCAAACUUGGAGUUGUGUUAGCUUGUUCAUGUGAUGGUGCCAAAUGAAAGCUGGCAACGCUUUUUGUUUUCAGUUUAUUGUCACAACUUUAAGCACUUCAUUUUGAAGCAGGUCAUUUACGCGACUUCCUUUGUCAAAAACACAACCUCAGGAGUUACUUUGAAGGCAGCAUUAACCUUCUUUCCCAGCCUGAGUAUUCAAAAUGGCCGCUGCAUUAGCCAGCUGGACAGUUCGUUAGCUCAACAGAGUUGUAUAUACGCUAGUAUAGCGCUAGCCACUUGGCCAGUUAGUAAAUGUAGUUAGUCAUUUUAAUUUAAUGCCACGGUUACUGAAUUACCACUGAGACAACCAAUAGUUACCUUAGUGACCAGCCACUGUCCAAUCAGAAGUCAGCGAGGCUCAGCCAAUUGCAGCAGCUUGACUGUGGAGGAAGGUGUGAACGAAUGGUUGUGUGUCCCCAGACUGUUGCUGAUGAUGAUGAUAAUGAAUGAUGAGGAAAUUGUCUUACCUCCCCGUCCUGUUACUCCAGUACCCCCUCAUCCCCCCACCCCACCCAAAAAACUCCACACUGUACUGAAACAAACCUAAUCCAGUUUGAACCCGUUCUUACUGUCUACCUUCCAGGUUGUGUAUAAUACUACUGCUAUCUGAGAGUUAAUAUAUGAGCGCUACGGGGGCGACAGAGACAGCCUGCUGUUGAUUAUCACUGUAGAAGAUGAUGUACGUUGUUGUCUUUCAAUGUUCAGAAUAAACUUCAGU